CUCGACUAUUGACCAAAUAGAGAGGGCGUGCGAGCGUCUCUCGGUUCUUGUAGAAACCCUAAUCUUGUGUUCGAGGAGCUGCGAAAAAUCUCGAUCCCUGCCCUUUUUCUUCGAAACCGUGGGAGCCCUAUUCUUUGAGGAGGCGCGAGAGAUUUUCCAGUUUUUCUGUUUGAAACUCUAGCUCGUCGAGCGAGGAGUUCUCUUUCUCCUGCGGAUCCGAUGGCAGCUAAGCCACUAACAACUGAAGCAAUUGCGCUUACUGAGAAAAAAAUGGACAUGACUUUAGAUGAUAUCAUAAAAAUGUCAAAGAAAAACAUGUCUAAAGGGAAAAGACCUCCGAGACAGCCAAUCAAAAGCCGAGGCUUCCAGAAUGGCAAUGCUUCCCAGGGUAACGCUAAGGCUCAGCGAUUUAUGGAUUCUAGAUCAUCAAUUAGACAGGGUGUGCUUGCACAGAGAAGGUCAAAUUUUCGUGGGAAUCAGUUUCCUGUAACAACAGAGAUUGCUAGGAGGGCUGUCGCCAUGCCAAUUCGUAGAGGGGUUAACUGGAACAGGCCAAGAGUUGCAGUCGCAUCAGUACAAAGGAAGUCUGCUGCUGAUAGCUUUGCUGGAAAGGAUAAGGUGGUUUCCAAGCAGAGGCCACAGACCUUGGAUGCACUGUUUGCAAAUAUGAAGGAGCAGAGGAUGAAGGCGAUGUCCCAGCAUGCGAUCAAUGGUAAUGGCCAUCAGACUGCACCGAGGUUUCGUGCCCAGUGGCGGGGCAGAGGUGGAGCUGCACCUCGUGGUGCUGCCCGCCGGUUUGGAAACUAUGUCAAGUAAUAGCAUUGGUGUUCCCCCGUAUAUGUUCAUCCUUGAAUCAAUAUCCAUUAUGUGCUGCUAAGUGAUGCUUGUACCAUGUUCUCCUUUGAAAUGGCGCUGUUGGUCGCACAGAAGAUGAGUGGAAGGGACAGCACUGCUGCUGCACUGUCACUUCAUUCCCCCCUGGAUUUUGCAUCUUCUGCAACUUUAACUGGUUGAGUGUGCUAUGAUGUAGUCCGUUUCUCCCCUUUAUGACAAAUGCUCAACGAGAUUGCCUUUUGAUUCCUGACUUUUGAACUUUGACUGCAGUUUAUAUUAGUUGUUUCCAGGAUUCUCUUCUACCCCACUUAAUAUUAACGGAUCUGAAUGAUUGAUUUCA